AUGCGUUUCCUCCCUGUUGCCCUGCUAGGCCUGGCCUCCGUCGCUAUCGCAGACUUGAGCAGCUGGAGUGACGUUGUGGGCGACGUACCUCAGUGCAUUCAGACGUGUCUGAAUGAGUUCUAUUCCGACUCUGGUCUCGAAUCCGCCUGCGGAAGCGCCGACACAGCCAGCGUGAAAUGUCUCUGCGGUGUCAAAGAUUCUGCUUCUGACAUUCAAGAUGAGGGUAAUCAGCUGAGCUCAUGUAUUCAAACUGGCUGCACGUCCGCUGAGCUGAAUGACAACCGCACCGAGCUUCAGGACUUUGAAACCCGAUACUCAGAACUGAUGAAUCAAUGCACUAACGAGGAUUCUACCACUUCUUCCAGCACGAACGGAGCCAGCUCCGUAGUCCCCGGUUUCCAGACAAUGAUUGCCUCUGGGGUCGUUCUUCUGAUUGGUACACUUCUUUGA